GAGCGACUGAGCUCUGGUCCAUUCCAACCGAGCUAACGUUAGCAACCUACCUUCCGCAACAUCCUCAUCUAUCGCUCCUUUCACUUGAGAGAAACACCACUGAAAAUCAUUUCCUCCUGCAACCCCUGGAAGGAGCGGUGACGUCAUGGACGCAUGCCACAAUCGAGCGUCCUCCUCCAUCCUGCUCCAGCAUCAUCAAGGUUUCUUGAGGUUUUUCAAGUGAUGUCUGGCAUGUGGCCGCUUAACCGCACUGUGCAUUGUCGGAAAAACAAUCAUGCAGAAACACCAAAAGGAUCAGGGCCACAGUCAGCAGACACGCCGCCUCCGGAGAAGACGCCAUUUUCCGAGGAAAAUAUGGCUCAUUACCAGCGCGGGCAAAAUGAAGCAUCCAUCCGCCUUGGCGAGCUCGAAGCCAGAAAACCCAGCAGAUGAGCGCGCUUGAGGUCCUUGAUACAAUUUGCAUGCGCAGAUCACCGGAGGUCAGACGCGGAGGACGCGCCGCUGCUUCCACCCUUCAUGAGGCUCGAUGUUUGGGAUUCAGGAGACGAUACCGCGGGGCGGCACGACCAUGAAGGAGGAACCGCUCGGUGGGCUCAACUCGGUGCGCUCGUGGAUGCACACGGCCGGGGUCGUGGACGCCAACACGGCCGCGCAAAGUGGAGUCGGCCUGGCCCGGGCGCACUACGAGAAGCAGCCCCCGUCCAACCUCAGGAAGUCCAAUUUCUUCCACUUCGUCCUGGCGCUGUACGACAGGCAGGGACAGCCUGUGGAAAUCGAGAGGACGGCUUUCGUCGAUUUUGUGGAGAAAGAAAAAGAGCCAACCAGUGAAAAAACCAACAAUGGGAUACAUUACAAACUACAGUUAUUGUACAGUAACGGCGUCAGAACAGAGCAGGAUCUUUACAUUCGGCUAAUCGAUUCGAUGACGAAGCAGGCCAUAGUUUAUGAGGGCCAAGACAAGAAUCCAGAAAUGUGCAGAGUUCUCCUGACUCAUGAAAUCAUGUGCAGCCGAUGCUGCGACAAGAAAAGCUGCGGGAACCGCAACGAGACCCCGUCGGACCCGGUGAUCAUCGACAGAUUCUUCCUAAAGUUCUUCCUCAAGUGUAACCAGAACUGUCUGAAGAAUGCAGGGAACCCACGAGACAUGCGUAGAUUCCAGGUUGUCGUAUCGACGACCGUCAACGUGGACGGCCACGUGCUGGCCGUUUCCGACAACAUGUUCGUACACAACAAUUCCAAGCAUGGGCGAAGGGCUCGCAGACUCGACCCUUCAGAAGGUACGCCUCCUUAUCUGGAGAAUGCCACCCCAUGCAUCAAGGCUAUCAGCCCCAGCGAGGGAUGGACCACUGGAGGGGCCACGGUCAUCAUCAUAGGGGACAACUUCUUUGACGGCCUACAAGUGGUGUUCGGCACCAUGCUCGUAUGGAGUGAGCUGAUAACACCCCACGCUAUCCGCGUCCAGACUCCACCUCGGCACAUCCCCGGCGUGGUGGAAGUCACGCUGUCCUACAAGUCCAAGCAGUUCUGCAAAGGUGCCCCUGGGAGAUUUGUGUACACUGCCCUGAAUGAGCCCACCAUCGACUACGGUUUCCAGAGGCUGCAGAAGGUCAUCCCCAGACACCCCGGCGACCCUGAAAGGCUACCAAAGGAGGUGUUACUGAAGAGGGCGGCUGACCUCGUCGAGGCCCUGUAUGGGAUGCCCCACAACAACCAGGAGAUCAUUCUGAAGAGGGCAGCUGACAUCGCCGAGGCCCUGUACAGCGUUCCCCGCAACCACAACCAGAUCCCCUCUCUCGCCAACACAGCCUCCCACGGCAUGAUGGGAGUUAACUCCUUCAGCAGCCAGCUCGCAGUCAACGUGUCUGAGUCACAAGGGAACGACCAAGUGGGCUACAGCCGGAACACCAGCAGCGUGUCCCCCCGGGGCUACAUCUCCAGCAGCACCCCGCAACAGUCGAGCUACAACACCGUCAGCAACAGCAUGAAUGGCUACGGCAAUGCCGGCAUGAACCUGGGAGUGCCAAGCUCCCCGGGGUUCCUCAACGGAUCCUCUGCCAACUCCCCAUAUGGAAUUAAACAAAAGAGCGCCUUCGCCCCUGUGGUCCGACCCCAGGCCUCCCCACCCCCCUCCUGCACCAGCGCCAACGGCAACGGACUGCAAGGUGAGCCCCCCUCACCCCCUCAUCCUUUCCCUACGGACUACUGGUCAGAUACUGCUGCUCAGGCCUCUGUCCGGUUUGCCAUGUCCGGCCUCGUCGUCCCACCAAUGUAAAUGCACUUUUCGUCAUCUCAAGCACCGGUCUACCACUUUCACAGGACACGCCCCCAACCUUCGUUUCCCCCCCCCCCCCCCGCCCCCAGGCACACAGCAGCAAAAAAAGCGCUGGUGCCAUGUAUAGUUGACUGCUUGUUCUCUUUUUAAAGAUGGAGGGGGAAUAAAAAAAAAAAAAAAAAAGAAUCUUUUGAAAAUGACUCUAACAGCCCCGCAGAAGAAAAAGGAUCUCACGAGGAACCAUAUUUUUUUCUUUUUUCCGUGGGACUUCUUUUUGUUUUGUUUGUUUCCCCGCCCCCUCAUUCCAUCACCCUUGACGAGGACACAGGAUGAUGAAGGGUUUAUUUUGUAUACCUGUCGGCUCGCGCUUCGGCCUUGGAGCCGUCCGAUUGACCACACAUUCAAUACUGGAAGGGACUCUGCGGACUCACCAUUGUACAGUAAAAACACUGAUGUUCAGUACAUUUGCCAACGAACUCGUUUGCCUCAGAAAUUGUUUUUCCCUUUUCUUUUUUUUUCUUCCUGUUCCGACUCUCUUUCAGCAGAUCCACACACAAGAGUUGUGCGUCUUUAUAAUGUGACUUUUUUUGUAUUUUUAAUUGUGUGAGGAGGGAAAAAAAACAACAACAACACAGGGGCCAAGACAGUUUUAACUGGAAAUUAUAAGAGAUAUAUAAUGUAGUGAAUUGAUCAUAAAAUUACCAGGGAGGGCGGGGAACGAAGGGGCGGGGUGAGGUUGUACCAUGUUUCAUUCCUGCAUUUUAACUUAAAUUUUGUAAUUUAUUGUAGCUAGGAAAAAAAAAUACUCUUCAAAUGGUUAAAAAAAAAAAUCCUCUUUGACUCAACAAGCACACUGACGUGUACAAAACACUGCUCUGUUGAUGAAUAUGAUGUACUUCCAUGUCUAGAGCUUCCUUUUAAGCAAGUGUGUUUUGCCAUGUUUUUCAACUUUUUUGCUAGCACUGUAUAUUAAUGCAUUCCUAGGCUACUGUGAAGUCUGUUUCUUGUUGAUGAGGAGCAGUCUCUCCCUUCUAUAGCUCCGAUUCCCUUACGUGUUUUAUAUGUGGCUAAAAAAAAAAAAUUACAAAAAAUGGUAGACUAUUGUGAUAUUGCCAAACUUGUGCUAAAUAUUUAUACAUCUGUCUUUUUCAUGUUCUUUUAGAUCAACACAAAAAAAGUUGAAAAAAAAAAAAGGAAAAAAGCAAAUCCAUUGAGAAUGUAGGCGUAAAGUAGUUCAUUGUCAUCUUUCUGUUCCAACACACACUUGCGCUCACUGAGGGAAAUUUUGUAACAUAUCAACUAUAAAUAAUGUAUUUAUCUCUGAAAUUUUGUAUAUUGCUUUUCAUUAUGUAUGUAUUAAUCGUCAUUGCCCUUAAUAUAGUGAUGCAGCACAGAUAAUUCAGCCAAGAAAUGUUGCCUUCAUUUUUCUUUUUUGUAUUUGAUGAAAUGCAAUGUGCAUAUAUUUCACGUGUAUUCUCAAAAACUUGUGUUACUCCGUCGACUCGCUUGUCCAUUUUUUUUUCCAUUAUUUUAAAGGGGAAGUCAAACUUCAUUGUUUAUUUUUAUAUUGAUUUUAAAUUAUCUAUACAGACCAUUUUGGAGAAAACUUUGUUGGUUGUAUUGUCAAAUAAAUUGUUUGUGACCCAUAUGAUAGUUGUUAAGAUCCAAUAGAGACUAAUGUGCAUGAGGGACAACCUUGGAGAUAAAAAAAAAACCAAAAAAAAAAACAAAAACAAAAACAACAACAAAAAAAAAAAUAGUCUCAAUUUGUGGUUGUAUUAUUUUCUGUUUUGUAGAAUGUAAAGAAGUCAUUUUUACUCACCACUUAUGACUCUGCCACAUAGCUUACACGUGUUUACAGGGGAGAAAAAUUAAAAAUGUCAACAUUUGGAAUGGAAACAUGAUGUUUUAUUAAAAUUGUACAGUAAAAAAAAACACACACACAUACACAUACUUUGCACUAAACUGCGGUUUUCUAGAGCGUGAAUGAACACUCAAACGGACCACCAGGAGGACGGGGCGCAAAGCUGAGAUGUCGUGUUAUGUGGGAUAGAGUAACCUACAAAAAAAGACGCGGGGAGGGGCUGGGGUGGGGUGGGGGGGGUUGGUGUAAAACUUCUUACUCGCGCUCUUGUCGACGAAGCGGUCUGACAUUGUGAGAUCGUCCCGCCGCUUCAAAGCCUCAUUGUAGUCAUUCAUAAACAGCAGCAGCUUCUUAUUCAAAGCGCCCCAAAUGGGGCUCAUUCAAAUCCCUCAUUUCAUUGCAUUAAGCCACCUAGUUAAUAAAGAAUCAAUACAUUGAAAGAGCAAGGUUAUCCUUUGUCUAUAAGAGCUGGUAUCGUUCUGAACCCCUUAUAGUUUGCGAGCUGAAAGGGGGAGGUGGGGGGGGGGGUCCACUGUGAAAUCUAUACUCAUCAAGUGGCUCAAACAGGAGGAGAAGAGUGUUUAGGGGUGUGUGUGGGGGGGGGGGGCUCCCUAAAAACAAGAGAGCAUCUUAUCUGGCGUCCUACGCGUGCACCGAGAAGCGGGUCACAAAAUGUCAAUUUCCCAUCAAGGCAACAUUGUCCGCCGCCACCUCUCCCUUUAAUGCACAAUUAAGCGGCGGCGACCUGAGUGCCAAUCAGCAUAUCGCAGCUUAUUAUGUCGAGCGCCGCGCGCGGACGCUGCCGCCUCGCAGAUAGUCGGCGGGGAGGAUGGUGGGGGGGGGGGUGGUUGCUGAUAGCGCAAAAAGGACAGACGCCCUCAAAAGAGCAAUUUAAUUUUCAGCCGCGAUCGCCUCCCACCCUCAAAUCAUUCCCUUGAUAAUCCAAAGUGUCUGAUAACAAUAGCGUCCUGACAUUGCAUUAUCUGUUUCGGAUACAGCGUCGGAUCUAUCGCCUUGCUUACCGCUGUCUCUAUUAUUCGUGACAAAAAUCUUUUGCUCGGCCAGGAAAAUGCGCAAACUGUAUGUUUUGCGGGAGCCGUGGCUGUAAAUUAAACCCAGGCGCAAAACUGCCAUGGCGGGAACAAUAGCCAGGCGGGGUAGAGGUGGGGGGUUGGGGGGACAAGUGGUGAGGGUGAAAGCACAAACUGCCAUGGCGGGAACAAUAGUCAGGGAGGGUAGAGGGGGGGGGGGGGGGGAGAACCAAGUUGUGAGGGUGAAAGCGCAAUCAAAAAUGACAUGUUUGCUCAGUUGUUGCCAAUUUUAAGCACUCGCAGGCAGGCUGGAGGUGCACUCGAUUGUCUCAGAAGGUUUCCUCUCUGUGUCCGGUGAGCUCGGCCACGCCACUCAAUCAUUCUGAGAGCCUCUUUAUUGGAGAACUCUAAUGGCCACCCUCCGCCAUGAUCUUAAUGUAUGCAUUAAAUAUUUAUAAAUUCUGGGUCAAUAAUGCCCCAUAACCAGAGCCUGACAGACACCCCCCACCCCUCCCCGCCUCCGUCCCUCCCCGGCGCGGGGCAAAAGGUGAAGGGGGUCACCCAAUCAAAAAGGGAACGCGGCUGGCCACUUCCAUACGUUUGCCCCUCUUAUCAAGACUCGCCUCAGUAGUGCUUAUCUGUCAAAGGAAAGAAAUAUUGAAAGCAAUAUCGAUCUUAAGUAGACUUGCCGAGGGCCACGCUUCAAACAUCUGCUCGUGGAUUGUUAUAUUUAAAAAGAAAUGAGAGGUUAAAAAAAAAGAGAAGAUAUCUUAGUAUUAGAACUGUGCGGUAAUAUUGAACAACUCUGGUGGGGUAUGACUAACAGCCACGUUAUUAGCCAGCACCGCUGCAGAUUUAUUGGAGCAGAUCCUCGAUAACAAAUAUUUCUUCAUUAUCGGCCGGGUUAAUCGCGGCGUCUCCACGGGUGGCUCGGCGGCUUUAGGUGACCAUCGGCGGGGCCGCUCAGGUGAAAGAUUGCGCUCGGGCGAUAGCGCAUGCACAAAAGGGCGGCGGGACAAUGAGCGGGUCAAUGGAGAGCGCCCGCUGAAAGAGCCACAAUGGCCGUGCAUGCUGGGAAUUGGGCUGCGCGGCAUAAAGGAACGAAACCUUCACCGGGGCCACGGAGGACAAGCAUUCAGAAAAGAGGGUUUUGUUUGGGCUUUAUCAAUCUGCGCGUUCCCAGGAGGAAAAACAAUUCCACCUGACCUUAAAAACGGGAAUAUUAGCUUACGCAUCCGCUCGCCGUGUAGCAGUUACGGACGAGGUUAUAGGUUGACGUUUAAUGGAUGUUGCUGUGGUCACACCUUUGUGUCUAUGCGUGUCCGGAAAAGGGCCCAUCAAACUAAAACAGCAUGACAAUAGUUUAUCUUGGCUCCCGGCUGGGCAGUGCUGAGGAGGUCUUUUUUUCGGGGAUUGGGUGCUAACUGCUGAGUGAGAGGAAAGGGAUAAAAAAAAAAAAAGAAAGGAAAGAAAGAAAGUGGGAGUUUAGGUACUGUAGCGGGAAGACAACCUGGGAUCACAACUUUGAGAUGACAAUAGAUCAAAAUCAAGACGGCUGGCCUUUUUUUGAACAAUUCCAUAUCAAAACAAGCGCUUUGACCCUUUUUUUUUUUUUUAAAUGGUUUUGCAGUCUGUGUGUGAAUGGGAACAUCUGAUAAGGCAGCGCUCCCCUGCUCCGACAACACAUUGGGACGGCAGCUUUGCAGCGGAAAACUAGAUCCGUACAAAGAUUUCCACUUCACUCGAUGCAGCCGAGAAGGAAGGAGCAAAGAACCCCGGCGCGUUGGAAGAGCCAUUAAACUUGAAUUUGGAUGGCAUUUGAUACUUCAUCAAUGUUUCAGUGAAUUUCACAUCCACAAAUGCAAGACUUUGCCACGGCAGGAGUGCGGCGUUCAACCUAUUUUUCCCCCUUUACGAACUUAACCUCGUCCCCAAAACGACUGCCUAAAUGUUGCUCGGUCAGGGCGAUAAAAUAACUGCCGCGGUCUCGCCGUAUAGAGCUCCUUUCAUAGUGCCCCUCUGUAGUGCUUUGUCCAGUACUUCUGGAUAUGAUAUCAUCCAUUAAUAAUGUAUUGGCAAUGGAUUACAUAAAAAGGGAGCAGAAAUAACAUCCAAUAUUCAUGCCCCCUGAGCUCGACUGUGUCCAAUCCGUUUGGCCCAUAAAACCUUCGCCCCAUUUCCAUAUCCGCUGCGGGUCACGACAGGUCUGCCGCACAAAGACUUACAGAACACCUCCACUCAGGAAAAGGGCAGUAAAAUUCGGGUGGAUUUCUGAACCCAUAUGAAACAGACCCCAACCCCCCACACCUAUUUGGAGGGGGGAGUGAAAAAGCUCUUUUCCGAUUUCAGCGCCUGUGAGAAACCCGCCGCUGCAUUUCCCUCUUUAAUUGUGCCACUUGAGAAAUUGACGUGCCUCUGAAACAUGGCAUGAAUCUCGCCGUUAUUGCAGUCCCCUUGGCAGGGAAUGUUGAUCCAACAUCUGCAUGCUAUAGAAAGUAAUGGAAGUAGCAGAGGUGGCAGCUGCAACUCUACAGGAAGUGUGCCAUUUUCAGGCAGCGGCGCUGUGAGAAGCGCUAACUGCCAGCCUGGUCUUGCAGGCGGGCUCUGAUUGCCAGGACACUAUGACAAACAGGCUGGGGAUGGGAGUGUUGCAUCCUGGGGGAUGACAGCUUCUGUUUGAUUGUCAAUAAGGCUCAUUAGCAGGAAAAAUGGGGAAUGCGAAAGGAGAUUAAACGCC